AUCUUAGAUGAUUUCUUGGUGUAGUUCCCUUAGCCUUGGCAAUGAGUUUUGUUGAAACGGUAGUCGUGAGGAGCUAAAAGUCGUAGUUGUCUUUUCAAAAUGUCCGCAUGCCAAGGGCCUCUCCAUCAAUGUCUAAUGUGCUGCCAGUGCUGCAGUGGGUGGUAUAGAGGAGAUCCGCAUAAGCCGUGCUACUGCCCCCAAUGUUGUCCCAAACCUACUUGCCCGCCUCGGGCCCAAUUUCCAGAAGAGUUUGCCAAGUUCUCGGACAUGACUUUUCCAUGCUUUCUAUGCAAACAGCACGACCCACAAGCCAAGGAGGAUGACAAACAGAAGACUGGAAAUGAAAAUAAAAAGACUGGUAGGCCGGCAGCAAAGAAAAAGGGUAAACAGAAGCCUGGGGACGGAAAUGAACAGACUGGUCGGGCAGUAAAUGCAUCAAAGAGAACGGAAAGGCAGCAGGAGGAUGAUGGUAAUCCACAGACUGGUAGGGCAGUUCAAAGAGAAAAUAGAUCGGGAAGACAGUCUACUCAGGAGGGAUUUGGACAGAAUGCUAAGCCAGGAAUUGGAGCAAACAGAAAGAGCACACAGGCGCAUGGAGAUGGAAAUAUGCAGAAUGGAACGAACAGAAAGGGGAGAGAGCCGGUGGGUGACGGCAAUGGACAGGCUGGAAGGGCAGGUAAUGGAAGGGCAAGUAGUUCCCCAGCGAGGAAAUCGGGUAAAAAUAAAACUGGUGAUGGCAAUGGACCGACUAGUGUGCCUGGUAAUGGAGCUAAUGGGACACCUGCACAACCUUGUACGACUCAAGGUGGAUCAUAUGGGCAGGGAGUGCAGCCGAGCAGUCAAGGCAUGCCUCCUGGGAUGUACGGCACUCAGAAUAUACCUCCUGACAUGUACGGAAUGGCGCCAGGCACGGGGGCUGGCUACGGGGCUUACGGUCAACAAGGAGCACCCCCAUUUACGGGGGCACAAGCUGCCAUGCCAGAAUAUACAACACAACCACUUUAUGGCUCUCUGGGACCGGGAGGACCUGCACCAAAUUCCACGCCCUUCGGUUAUCCGCCUCAACCAACGCAAGCACCAGAUGUUGGUCCACAAGGUAUGGCCAGUUAUGGUCCACAAGGUGUGCCAGCAUAUGACCCACAGGCUAUGCAAGGAUAUGAGACCUAUGGACAAGGAGUGCCUCAGGCACAAUAUGCUUAUGGAGACUUUGGAGCUACAGGACCCCUAGCAGCACCGUAUCCACAGCCUGAGUUUCCGAGUGGAGAAGAAUAUGCUGGCCAUCCACCUCCACCUACAGGCUAUCCACCUCCACCUGCAGCUGGCUAUCCACCUCCACCUGCUGCUGGCUAUCCACCUCCACCUGCAGCUGGCUAUCCACCUCCAACUGUACCACCUGGGGCUGCCGCUCCUGCCGGCUAUCCACCAGGCCAAGCAGCAGGUUUGCCAAGCGACCGUGAGCCACAGUUUAAUCCCUGCACGGGGGAAGAUCCCUGCACAUGUCCGUGUAGGCGGGAUGCAGAUACACCGAGGCAGUCCCAGCAGAAUAACGGAGGAGAAUGUUAUCCAUCGAAUCUCAGCAUGGACGCUAUCCAGCGCUUCCUGAAGUCGCUGCAAUUGUCUUGUCCCGCGAAUGGUCUGCAGAACUGCGCGCUCCUUUUACCCAUAGACAUGGCCAGCCGAACGGAUGAGGGCGAAUCCAAGAAGCUAAAGAAAUCGGCACCAAAACGAAAACUGUCCAAAAGUGAGGCAGAUAAAAAGGCAGCAACCAGUGGAGGUGUAGCUGCAACCAAAUCGAAAGGAUCUGCGUCUACAGCUGAGGAUAAGUCAAAGCCUCCAACGCCAGAGCCAUCGAACGAAAAUGCCGCGAAGUGUGCCGCUGACUGCCACUUCAACUGCAACACCAGCUGCAUGAAUGAAGCCGACGACAGCUCGCAGUCGGGAGCAGCAAAAGCCAAAAUAAACGAAAACCCAAAGGAAAGCCCGCCGGCAGCUCGUACCGAACCAGCAACAUGCCCCAUAAGGAGUGGCUGCAACACCUGCUGCAAUGGCUGCUGUCAACCGUGCCACUGGCCGUCCUACUACUACUGCUACAACCCAUACACCGGCUGCUACUACUGGUAUCCCAGCUACUGCCAUGGAUGCCAAAACUGCCGUCCCAUAGAUCCGCUGGAGAAGACGCCUGAGAAACCCAAGCCCAAGGAAGCAGCACCAGCAGCAGCAUCUCCAGCAAAAGCAUCUUCAGGAGCAUCGGUAAACAAAGGAAAGAAGAUCAAUGAUAGAAAAGUGGGCGGUGGGCAGGGCCAGUGGAAUAUUACCGACCAACGGAUGAGCAGCAACCAAAGCUGUAGCCUUAGAGGCAGCCUUCCCAAACGCCACACUGCCACAUCCUCGAGGAACAUCAGGCAGGGUAUUAUGCCAGGCUAUUAUCCCACGUCAACGCCCAGUGACUGCUCUCCCUACGGCCAGAUUGGGCCGGUCAGAAGCAGAAUACGUUGAGCUAGCCACUGGAAUCACGACUCGGACGAUACAUUCUCCUCGUCUGUGUCCAAAUUUAACGUUAAAUAUAAUAUUUUUUACCACUUUUGAGAAUAAUUCUAAGUAAGAUGACAAAUCUAGACUCGAAACGACCCUAAAACUUUGUAAAUCAGAAGACCUAUGAAGCACCUGUGCCGCAUUUAAUUAUU